GCCUUUUGGUCAAAAGUCAGUAGUUAGUGCAUAAUCUGAUUAAGUUACGUAACUAAGGUGAUAAAUAAGUUCAAAGUUAAGAAAUAUAAGUAAUUCAUGCUAAAACAGUUAAGAUGUGUGUGUUUGAAAUUUGCUCAGAGUGAGACGUCUUAGUCGCAAGCUAUCUUUGUAUUGUAUGUGCGGAAAUGGGAGCGAGGGAGCGCUCUGAUCUUUUGCCUAUCUUUGACGUUUUUUCUCCGUGAACGCUGUGAAAAGUGCUUCGGCAGUAUUAAAACAGUGAAUAAGUUCAUGUACACGCUAUAAGUGCCCUACACGCUUGUACCUUGGGAAACGUUCGUCUUUUUACAAAUAAGAAAUAGCAAGGAGAAGCCUUGAGAGAGGAAAGGCUUUAAAGGAUCUUCAUUAAAAGCAAGAAAAGCAAGCCUUGUGUGGAAGAUCUCGUCUAUUUUGUUCGCUGGCUGUCUAGCUUCACAUGGUCACGUGUCGUGAGGGCAGCACAGUAAAAAGACGCCUACUCAGCGGGUUCAAGCAUACAGAGCUACUUUAAGCAACAUGAGUCUACGCUCAGGAAGAAAUUAUCUAAAAGACUACGCUGCUGAAGAGCUAGACGAAGCAGCCGGUGGUGAACAGCAACCAGACAUCGCCACUCAAUCAGCUACAAUGCAGCAACAGUCUCAGCCAUUCGACACCAAGUCGCAGAAAUCCAGAACAUCGACAAGGCGUUCUCAACGGACAUCCUCAUCAACAGCUUCUGCAGCUGCAAGGGCCUACGCCAAAGCUCAAGCAGCACGAGCUCAACUGGCCUUCGCUGAAAAGGAAGCUAAUGCAAUGAAACAGAGAGCUGAACUGGAUGCUCAUCUACAUGUCCUCCAGUGCCAAAAAGCAAUAGCCGCAGCUGAAGCAGAGGCUUCAGCCUAUGAAGAAGCAGAGAUUCAAAGCGGGGAGCUCUAUGGAGAACUUUGUGAGGAAGUUGAGCCCAUCAGUGCAGUGCACCGCACUAACGAAUAUGUUCAACAACAAUGUGAGUUACUCUACCCAGACACUCAGCACGACCCAGCACAGCUUCCUAAAGGGAAUGACAAUGAAGUAGAUGUACAAGACAAUACACAAAUAACUAAUCCUUUUAUAACCAACACUCAAACAAAAUCACUAUCAGUAAACAGAGAAAGGAAACAGGAGCAACCAGUGAACACAUGUGUAGUCGAUACGUACUGGUCCAACUCCCCAAAGCACACCCCCAACCUUAACAACUGCAUACCUGAAUCAAGUGAAACACAACAGUUUGCAAAAUACUUAAUUCGCAAAGAACUAGUUAGCACAGGUCUUUUGCAAUUUGAUGACAAACCUGAAAACUAUUGGGCAUGGAAAACCUCAUUCAUCAGCGCAACCAAAGAUUUAAAUCUGUCUCCAAGAGAGGAAUUAGACUUGCUAACGAAAUGGUUGGGUCCAACAUCAUCCGAACAGGCUAAGCGGAUUCGUGCUGUGCACACCCUCAAUCCUGCUGCAGGUGCGAAGAUGGUCUGGCAGCGCCUUGAAGAGUGCUACGGCUCACCUGAGGCUAUUGAGGAUGCACUCUUAAAAAAGGUAGAGGACUUUCCUAAACUCACAAAUAAAGACAAUGUUAAGCUGCAAGAACUUAGUGACAUCUUAUUGGAGCUACAGUGUGCUAAACAAGAUGGCGCACUCCCAGGACUUGCUUACCUCGACACAGCCAGAGGAGUCAGGGAAAUAGUGGAUAAACUUCCCUUCAACCUACAGGAAAGGUGGACAACUGUAGGAACAGAGUACAAGGAGACUCAUAGUGUGUCAUUUCCUCCUUUCUCAGUUUUCACACAAUUUGUCCAACGGCAAGCGAAAAUGAGGAAUGACCCAAGCUUUGCUAUGUCCAAGGCCAACACCCAUGUCCCUUCUCCCACAGAAAAACUGAGGUCAUAUAGUCGCAAACCUACGGUGUCAGCACAUAAAAUGGACAUUACGGCAGAGCCCGACCAGAAUAAUCUCAGUCCAAAGAACAUGGAGGAACCGGAUCGUCAGUGCCCGAUCCACAAAAAACCACAUCCACUCAAAAAGUGUAAGCUUUUUAGAGACAAACCCAUUGAAGAAAGACAAGCCUAUCUGAAAGAGCAUCACAUCUGCUACAGAUGCUGUGGCUCUGUCCAACACAUUGCAAAAAACUGUAAAGCAGUGGUUAAGUGUAUCGAGUGUGACAGCCUUAAACACUUAUCUGCAAUGCAUCCUGGUCCUACUCCUGCCCCUAAGAGUACUACACCAGGAAACAACGACAAUGAAGAGCAAACUGAGAGCUCACCUUCAGUCGAGUCGAAGUGCACAGAGACAAUAGAUCUGAAAUACCCUCUCCAGAGAUUGCCCAGCAUCACCCACAUCUUCUUCCAGUCGCAGAUAACAUCCACCUGUUGA